UUUACCUUAAUGAGAGUUGUAAAGACUACGCCCCAAACACACACUGUUCUCAGAACUGUUGCUCUGUGAACUAUUCGCUUAGUUUAGACUUCAGUGACACCAGGAAGUACGUCGAGCGACUCAUUUGCGUCAAAGUAAACGGACUACAACGAUAGCUAGUGUUUCUCCAGGUUUGCUGACAGGAAGGCUAGCUCUGUAAGAAAACGUUAUACAGUAUCGCGGAAAUAUCUGCAGAAUGGCAGAAACUGAGGCGAGUCCGUUUGCAAACUGUCUGGAGAAACUGAAGAGCUAUGUGCGGACUCGGAAAGGGACGAUUCUGGCCGCCGAAAUACUCAUCAGUUUCAUCAUCAUCAUCUGUUAUGCUGCAUCUAUGUAUGGAGGAUAUUCAGCAGUUGCCAUCUGUGAGAUGGUCUUUGCCAUAAUCUUCUUCAUUAUCUUCAUGAUGGAGCUGGACAAACAGAUCCAGGUUGUGAACUGGCCCUGGAGUGACCUGUUCCGCGCUGGGAUUGGUGCACUCCUCUAUCUCAUAACCUCUCUUAUCUGUGUGAUUGGUGGAGCUGGGGAUGGGGCUCGCAUCGCUGGUGGGGUGUUCGGCCUGCUGGCUGGAAUCUUGUUUGGCUAUGAUACUUAUACUAUCUUCAUGGAAGUCAAGAGCAAUAGGCAGCACACAGCUGCUCCCACAGGAGACACAGUUUGAAAGCUUCUCUCACUACAACAAUAACAGCAACCAGAACAUGGAUAAAUGUUGUAACAUGGCUCAAAGGAGAUACGGCCAGCGAUUGAAGAAGAGCUUAAGACCAGAAGAAUGAAAAGGAUGAAAACAUUAGAUAAAAUGACUGAUGUUUAUGCAAAAAGGGAUGAAGUAAUUGGGAAGUGGUGUAUUGUGCCCUUUAGUGCUUUUUUAUAAAAAAAUCGCCAAAUAUGAAGUUUGAGAAAGCAUUUGCUUUCCAAAGAGUCAUGAAGAUUGUCUUGGUCAGCUUGUCUCAUUGGUGGGUUUUUAAGGAGCAUACUUCAUGUGCUGCUAAAAACACAUUUGAAAGGCAGUAAUUCUUUAAACUCAUGGAUAAAUAACCGGCUUGACCCUGCAGUGUUUUAAAUAAAAGUUAAAAUUUGUUGGAAAACUUGAUCUAGUUUAGUUUAGUUUGGUGCUGUUUUUGUCUGAUAAGACAUUAGACUUUUUAACUUUAUGAUGUACAAUUUCAGCCAUUCUUUGUACCUGUAACUCAUUUUCAGUAGGUUUUUAUCGUCCCUUUGUUUUAGGCCUAAAAUGCAGUAAGUUGUAAAAAGUUGAUUUGUACUUAAUGACUAAUUAGGACUGGAGAGUUCUAAUUCAAUUCAACUAGUUUAUAGACACAUUCAACUCAGUUGCAGUCAUGAAUAGGUGAAUAGCAGUUUAAUUAAUUGUCUGACUGUUUAAAGAACUGAUCUAAACUCUUUUACAUUGCCAUUGAUAUUUAAGACACCAAGUUCAAAUGUCCUUGUGUUGGUACAAUAUCUUUGUUUUCACUAACCUUGCUUAAAUAUUACCAUAUAACAUGUUACCUCGAAAGAUGCUCACUAUCUGCCAUAAAUGUGUUGUUUUUUAUUUUAAUAAACUGAGUCAUGUAUUGGAUGAGUCAUAUGAUGUCUUAGUAUAUGGCUUUCACCCCAUGCAACCCUAUUCAUUAGUGUAGGUGUGUAAGUAAAAGCAAAGCAAAAGUGUAAAAUUGUUACCACCCUUUGAUUUUUUUUAUUGUUUGUUCUCAAGAAAAAAAACAUGAUUCAUUUUUAUUUGGAAGAGAUCAGUCAGGAAAAAUUGCACAACGUUGUCAGCUAUCUUUUCCUAUGUAUGGGUGGGACAGUGACCUACUGUUUAAUACAACACAAAAAUCUGGCAUUUUUAAUACAGUUUAUUUUAUUUGUAAUUAUAAAUGGUCAAUCGGGGAUUUUUGAACAUUGUUUGCUUGUUUUCUGCUCAUAUCAGCUUUAUGUUUGGAAGAACUCAGCUUUUCCACACUCAUUUCUUGACAUCAUUAUUUAUGAGUUGGGCAGAAAGGAUAACAGUUUUGUUUUGUGUUUUAUUAUCAACUCAGGAUGUUCUGAAACAGCCAUUUGUAAACAAAGGUUUUGUGACGUACAUGUGCUUUUUAAAUGAAAAUAGUUUCAGAAUUGUAUCUCACUAAUUCGUGUUUCUGGUAUUUUGUUAGGCUUUCACAACAUUUAAUAAACGUUACAAGUUUGA